GCCUGCGCGGCGGCGGCGGGGCCUGGCGGGGUGGAGAUGGCGGCUGCGGGGCUGUCGCGGACGCUGUUCCUCUGGGACGAUGGCAGCCCCAUGCGCUUCUACGUGCGGCCCGGGCUGGCUAAGCUGCGGCUGGCGCCGCUGGUGCUGGCGGGCGGCGGCCGGCUGUGCCGCGUGCAGGAGCCGGGCGCCGUGCUCCUGGCGCAGCCCGGCGAGGCGGCGCCCGGCGGCGCCGUCUCCACCGAGUACGUGACGGAGUGCGUGCAGCGCAACCGGCGCCUGCCACUGGAGCCCUACCGCCUGCCGCCCGUGCUGCCCGCGCCCCGCGCCGCCUCGCCGCGCGGCCGCCUCGCCUUCACGGAGGCGGAGGACGCGGCGCUGCUGCGGGCGGUGCGCGGGCGGCGCGGUGCGCGGGCGGGCGGCACGGCGCUCUGGAAGGAGCUGGAGCGGGGCGGCCUGACGCGGCACUCCUGGCAGGCCAUGCGCGACCGCUACCUGCGCCACCUGCGCCCCCGGCGCGCCGGGCCCGCGGCCGAGCCCCGGCGGACGGACGCCCCCGGCGAGCCCGCCCCAGAAAUGGGCAUCUUCGCGGCAGCGAAUCGGGAGUUCGAAAGCACCGAGUCAGGAAGUGACACCUCAGACAUUGCAGAAGAAUUCGCUUCAGAAGAUGGAGAGGGAAAGUCCCCAGAAGAAAUAGCAUCUACUUUGAAAACAGGACUGGAAGACUCUGUUCUCCCUGAUACUCAGUUACAAGGGGAAGAAAGACCAACAAGCACUUGCUCUUCUUCCAGUGCGGUGGGAGAAGUAGUGAAAACUAUACAGCACUUCAUGGAGAAGUUCAGCAUGGACCUGCUCACUGUUACACAGGCCUUUCUGAAAAACACUGGUGAAGUAGAGACUACCUUAAACUUCCUGCAGACAGGACAGCGCUUGGAUGGAUACCCUGUGUGGAGCAGAGAGGAUGAUUUAGAAUUGCAAAAAGACGAUGAACAUGCCAGAAGUAAACUAAUAGCAAAAUUCGGAGCUGAAAAUGUAGCAAGAAGAAUAGCGUUUAGGAAGAGUUAGAUAGCAAAAUAGUAGAAAAUGACUGAUCUAGGACUGUGGCAAGAACUUUAAAAGCAGAGUAAUUUUACAAGUACAAAUGUGAUGGAAAAUUUAUUUUAAUAUUCUGAAGUCUCAUAAGUUCUUUAAAAUGAACAAGCCCGUAUCAUAUAUAUAUAUGUAUGUAUGUAUAUUUAUAAAGGACCUAUUUUGUAUUUGGGUGAUUUUUUUUUGUAACAUUGAGUAUACUGAAGACUUUAAAGUAAAAAAAAUGUUGACGAGAGAAAGGUCCUGUUCAGUAUAAAGCAAGCUUUCAGUGAUAAACGUGAAAUAACACAUCUGCUAUGUAAACCAGUUGGCAGUCCAACCUGUACAUUGCUUCAUGGAAAGGCUAUUGAACGGUGAGAGCAGUAAAGUGUGACAAAACCACAUUCAGUGUUCUGGCCUUUAGCUGCAUUAAGCAGCCUGCUCUUUGUCGUGUGUCUGUCACUUCAGAGUUCUGUGGCUGAUCAUCUAAUACCCUGCUCUCCCAAAUGAUCUGUCAGUUACCUUCUCAGGACAGUAGGCAGCCAUCUCAAUUUCUGUGUUAACAAGAAAGCGUCACAUGCCAAAGAGCCUCUAGGAAAACAAACAAACAAACAAAAAGACCCCAAACUCCACUAUUUUGGGGGGAAUGUUACUGACAUAUAAACAGGGUAGUUUAAUAUACAGAAGUUCCUGCAUAUUGUAAUUGUAAAUAUUUAAGUUCCUGUAUGCAUCCCUCCCUUAUUACACUAAUCGCUAUGGGAAAAAUUGUUUUACUAUCGGUAGAAUUGCAUAGCAUCACUUUUCACGAAGGCUCCAAUAGGACAUAUGCCCUGUAAUUUUUCAUGAUUAAAAAUAGAUAAUGUGUUUAUAGUCCAAAUAAGCAGACUCAUUCAUGAGAUGACGCAGGACAGAACAAAACUUGGUUUAAGGAACCAGAUGAUCUUUGUAUUAAAUUUACUUUGUUCUCCUCUCAAUAUAA